AUGAAUAAUUACGUUUGUGUCAAUCAAUUUUCACUUAUAGAAAAACCUCAAGAGUUUGAAAGUAGUUUAGAAUUUGAUGGAAUAGUUUGGGAUUACACAGACAUUCCACCUAGAAAAAUAAUAACAAAAAUCAUCAUUUCUUGUAAGAAUCAAAAUGAAAUAACAUAUUCUUAAGAUGGAUCUAUUCUAAGAAUGUAAAAGUUUAUAAUUAAUAUUAGAGAUUAAAUUAAAAACAAGUGGAUGAAAUAUGAAGUUCUGACUAAUAUAGAACAGAUAAAAUAUUUAUUUUGGUUUAGAGAAUUUAGAAAUAAUGAAAAAAUUGAUAAAUGUAUAGCCACUUGGAAGGGAGAAACUUUAGUAGAUGUUGGCGGCUAUUACUCAGAAAUAGGGUUAAAAUAAGGUUUGUGGAAAGAAUUAAUAAAGAACUAUUGGAGGUUUGUUACAAUUAUUUCUUAAAUAGUAAAGCACAGGUUUAUGAAGUUGGAAAAUAUAAGAAUAAUUUGAAGAAAGGAACAUGGAAAUAUGUUUACAACGAUAAGGAGAUGUUUUAUAAAUUUUAUUUAUUUUUAGAGGUGGGGGAGAUUACAAUUAGAAGGGGUAGAAAAAUGGCAAAUGGACAGAGUUGUAUGAUAGAUUUUCGAAAUAUUCAUAAAUUACUCAUAUUGGUUUAUAUAAAAAUGAUAAAAAAGUUGGUAAAUGGGAUAUUUACUAAAGAAAAGAUGAGGAGGAACCAUUUGUACAAAUGUACUCAUAAUAUAAUAUUAUUUUAGCGGAGGUGGAUUAUAUGAUGAAGGAGAUUCAGUAAAGAAUGGAAAAUGGAGGGAAUUAAGUUAGAAGUAUUAUUAAUGGUCUUAAGUGAUGUAUGAAGGUGAAUAUUCAAAUGGUAAGAAGAUUGCUAAAUGGGAUAUUAUGUUUCGAAAAAAUGAGAGAGAACCAUAUGAACAAUUGUACUUUUUUAAUAAAAUGAUUUUAGAGGUGGAGGAUUAUAUAAUGAAAAAGAUUUUAGUAAAAUUGGAUAUUGGACAGAAUUAAGUGAUGAAUUUUAAAAUGAUUCAUAAAUAAUUUUUUAUGGUGAAUAUUAAAACGGCAAAAAAGUUAGUAAAUGGAUUACUAUGUACGAAGGAGAAUAGAUGUAAUAUUAUCUUACAUAUAAAAUAUUCACUUUAGUGGUGAGGGAUCGUAUGAUGAAGAAGGUUCAAUUAAGAUUGGAAAGUGGACUGAAUUAAAGGAUGGAUUUGCAAAAUGGUCCUAAGUUAUUUAUUUUGGCGAUUAUAAAUAAAAUAAAAAAGUUGGUAAAUGGAAAAUUUUGUAUAGGAAGGAAGGGAAUAAAUUAUUUGAAUAAAUGUAAAAAUAAUAUAAAAUUUAGUGGUGGGGGAUGUUUUAAUAAAGAAAAUUCAAAUAAAUCUGGAUUUUGGACUGAGUUAAGUGAUGAAUUUAAAUUUGAUUCAUAAAUACUUUUUUAUGGCGAAUAUCAUAAUGGUAAAAAAGUUGGUAAAUGGAUAACUAUACACGAAGGAGAAUAGAUGUAAAAUUAUCUUAAAAAUAAAUAUUCACAUUAGUGGCGGAGGAUCAUAUAAUGA